AUGCAUGGGUUGCGCUCCCUGCAGCUCUUUGGCCAAAACUUCACCAAUAAGGGGCUGACAGCCAUCCUUGACAACUGCCCCCACCAGAGUCCCUCGACAUCCGCCACUCGCUUCAACAUCUCCAUGGAUGGUGCUCUGCGGAGAAAAUGUCGUAACAUUAAGACACUCAAGCUCCCCAAUGAUCCAAUGGAUGGCUAUGAUCUUUGCUUUGAGGGCCCUCUCUGGUCAUUUGGCGUCCGGUCCGACGAUGAUGAUUAUGCCUAUGCGCCUGACUACAUCCUGGACUCAGAUGAAUACGACGACUACCGUGAUCCUUUCCGUUACCUUGACGGUGUCUAUGAGUCCGAACUCAAUCCAGAAGACCGUAUGUUCCUCAAGGGUAUGCGCAUGUUUAUGAAAGAUUCGAUGAUGAUGAUUACCGACAUAAAGUUCUUUGUGGUCUAG